UUGUCUCUCUGACAUCCUCUACAUCUGUCUUCACAAGUGACAACGCACUACGAGAAAAGAGUCAGCUCUUGACUUCUCCUUUCCCAGGCAGCCACAAUCUCAUCUUCAUUCAGAAAACCAUGAGUCCUGGAAGACAGAGGCCUAGUGCUGCCGAGAAACAUCCUGCCGCCACCGCUACUCAUUCCCGGCAGUCCCCGCGGAUCCUGGUGGUAGACAUCCAUCCCCCGCAAUGGGACCACACCUGCCACAAACUCUGUGAAGCCCUGGAAAAUGUCUUCUGCUUAGCCUGCAGCUUGACCGGCCCACCCCGCAUCCCUUCAUUCAGCCUCUAUGUAGUCCAGAACCAGCAGGAAUGCCUGCUGCCCUUUGUGGCUGUUAAAGGAGGCUUUGCUCGGCUCCAGAGCUGCAUCGCAGAGCUUUGUGCCUUGCCGAGGGAAGGGGUGUUCCCGCCAAAGGAGGACGCUGUGGUUCAGGCAGUGCUGGAUGGACUACAGCAGUUUAAACAGUACACUGGUCAAGGCAUGGCAGGAGCCUCUCUGAGCAGCUCUUCUGUGGAGAUUACAGUCCUGACUAGCCAGCCCAGCAGACAAGUGGCCAACCAGCUGGAUGCUGGCUUGCAGGGUAUUGACUUGGUUAGCCUCCACCAACUGCAGGUGGUUGAGAUUUCCCAGAGGGAAGUCCAGGAACUCUCCGGUGCCGAGUGGGGCAGAGAAGGACCCAGCAGCAGUGGUGAGAGCGCCACAAUCUUGAACACAGAGAUUGACCUACACACUGUGGAGAAUGAUGUGGUGGCCUUAGAGGAUUUUUUCAAAGCCUGGCUGCACAACCACGCUCCUGAUCAAGAGCACCUUCAUCUCCUCCUGCCCGCUGGGACCAUCAGCUCCUCUGCUGCACCUAGCACCGAUCCAGCAUGGGUGAAGUGUGAUGUCCGGGAGAGAUUUCUCAGUCCUGCCCAGCUUCCUGCAGCUUGCGAUGGUGGAACAGCAAGAAUGGACAAUGCCGCCAGUCCGUUCUGGAUGGUGUCUGGCCUGGCCCCACGCAGACUGAGAGUCCUCAGGGCACUGAAGGCUGAUGGGGUAUGUGCGUCAGUGCUUUCCGGUCUCCCACUGGUCAUCAGGCCCACGAGCUGCUGGCAUCUGAGCUGGGAUGAACUGGAGGCCAACCAGCAGAGUUUCCAGGCACUCUGCCAUUGCCUACGGAAGCGGGAAUGGCUGCUGCUGGCCAAGUACGAGAGCCAGGGUGGGCCAGAUCUCAGCAGAGGCCUCUCGGCCAGCACCUUCCAAGUCCUGCUUCCCUCGGACUCCUCCACGCUGCUGCUGCACCCAGUGGUGGCCCGAGAGCUGCUUCUGCCUUGCAGCUUUCCUCUCCUCCCUGCUGACCCCCCAGAAGCAGCGCUUGCUAAAAUGGAGGGCAUCCUCAGCAGCUUGGAGCUGGAGGCAAGCUACGAUCCCCUGCAGGCGACCAGUCAUCU